AUGCGCAAGUCGAUUUGUUGUACGAAGUUUCUAUACUGUCGGCCCGCUGAUCUACGUCCGGUGCUGAUGUCGUGGAUGAUCGUGACAGGACAACUCUCCGGCAAGGACAUUCCGAAGCCGUGUUCGAAUAAGUUCCGCCACUGCGGUUGGAUAGCCACCGGCCCGUGCACGCGCUACUGGGCGGCAACCCUAAACGCGGAGAAAAAACAAUAUUUCAAGAUCCGCCCUCACAGACAAGAAGAUUCACACAUAUCCAAGAUAUUCCGCCGAUACUGA